AUGACCGCCGCAGAUCUGUCGGACCGCGAGAAAGAGUCCCCUUACGAUCUCCUAGAGCGCUGGGCUACCAUGAGACCUAGCAAUAGUACCACGGCUGUGAGCAUCACGGAGAUGUUCAAACCCCAAUUUUUCGAGGAAGUCUUCAACAGAUGGACAUCCGCUCAUGACUUCGUCCCACUGCCAACACUCCCCGACAAGAAGAAGGAGCAGGUAUCUGUCCCUGUUGGCAAGCUGAACGACAACCUUCCUGUCACCCCUAUGAAGCGAAAGAGGGGGCAGGCCGACCAGAUGGACCCAGCUCGUGCGCGAGGCGCCACGGCGCUUCUGAGCAUCCAUCUCAAUAUCGGAACGUACGAUGUUGGUUUCCUCUGGCGAGAUGGCAACUUUGCCACAAUCAACCAGAAGUAUGUCCAGCUGGACGAAGGCCUGACCAUGAAGCUGGCAAUCCGACGGGGCAUACUCAACUACGACCAAUGCGAAACUGCUCGAAUUGAGCAGUACAACAAGACGCUGAUCAUUGCCCUUGCACGCCUCCGGAUCCUGGCUUUCUCCAAGACGGGGACGCAGGCAGUCCCCUCGAUGGACGAUGCGCACCGAGUCAACGGUCGCAUCAAGAUGGUCGAGCUGGCCUCAGACCUUCUACUCCAAUUCUCUACCGACAUUGGCGCGAUCGCCAGAGACUGCCAAACCACUCUCAAGAUUGUCACAUGUUUAGAUAAUAACCGCCAUCUCGUCACGUUCCAACAGCCCCAUUGA